GCAAGUAAGUGGAAUUCCCUGGUUAGUGCGGAAGUGUAAGUUGGGCUGUCACUUUACAAGAAACACUUCAGAGCACUUUGCCAGAGUAUAGUCCCGAUAACUGUCGCAGAGUGAGCAUCAUCUCUGAUCACAUCUACGAAUUCAUUGAUAACUGUUAAAAUGACAGCUACCAGCAUUGACUGCUGCAGGUUAAAGAAACUCUUGAGAAAAGAAGGGACCCGCUGCUUGGUUGUGGACUGCAGACCAUACCUUUCAUUUUUGUCCUCUAGCAUCCGCGGAUCGCUGAACGCGAAUCUUAAUUCAGUGUUGGUGCGGCGUUAUAAGGGUGGCCCAGUGCCGCUGCACUUCAUCAUCCCCGAUGAGCUGGCUCGGGCGCGCCUCCGGGAGCCCGGCCGGGUGUCGAUGGUGGUGGUGCUGGACGAGUGCAGCCCGCACUGGCAUAAGGUGAAGAAGGACAGCGCAGCGCGACUUGUCUUAAACACACUGACUAGCUGCCUCAGGGGACUCCAGGUCCGUUUCCUUAAAGGAGGAUAUGAACAUUUUUACUCACAAUACCCCGAGUUCUGCACAGAGCUGAGGCCAAAUGUAGAGAACGGAAGUGACACUGACAAAAACCACAGCAGCCGUUGUGAAAAGGUCAACAGCAUUCACAAGCCAGCUUAUGAUCAGGGUAGUCCUGUUGAAAUUCUCCCAUAUCUCUACCUGGGUAGUGCCUCUCACGCCUCCAGUACGGAAUGCCUCAUUAAGCUUAAUAUCACAGCUCUGCUGAAUGUAUCCCAAGAGUGUACAAGGCCUUUCAACAGCCAACUUCACUACAAAUGGAUUCCAGUAGAUGACAGCCACACUGCAGACAUAAGUUCCCACUUUCAGGAGGCUUUUGAAUUUAUUGAUUGCGUCAGAAGAGCAGGAGGAAGGGUCCUUGUUCACUGUGAAGCUGGUAUCUCGCGAUCACCUACUAUCUGUAUGGCUUAUCUUAUGAAAACCAUGAAACUGUGCUUGGACGAGGCUUUUGAGUACAUUAAACAGAGGAGAAGCAUUAUUUCACCCAAUUUCAGUUUUAUGGGCCAGUUGCAGCAAUAUGAAUCAGAGGUCGUUUCACCCAUUCCCAGCACUCCUGUACCAUCCUGUAAAAGGGAAACACUGUUUUAUUUUGCAGAAGAGAUUCCCUUAAAUAAGGUGUCUCAUGACAAAAUUCCUCUGAUGUGCAAUAUAAUCGUGUCUGACUAAACUGUAGUAACAGUUAUAGAGGGUGCCAAAGAAAAGUAAUACAAGUGCAGGACAAAGUGCUUGAAGGAACACAAGCUAAAUGUAAGGCUUGUAUGCUGUUGCCUUCAUAUGCUUAUGGGCACAAGAGAUCUACAUCAUCGGUGUUACUAAGCAACACUGCUAACGCCUGCUCAGGUAAAAAAAAAAAAUCUGCUGGGUGUGAUGGAAUCUGUAGGUGUACUUUGGAAAUGGAGAUGAAAAAUCAGGAUAAUCCCUUUAUUGAUAUACCAGGAGAUUGUUCAUAUUUUUUAAUUUUGAGGAAAACAGGGUGAUUGUUAUACAUCGUUUGGACUCCUCGUAACACUGGAAUGCCUUUAUAAUACAGCCAUGCCUUGUAUCCAAUACCCUAGGUCGUUUGAAUAAUCGCUGCCUUCCGCUGUAUAUGCCAUGCCUCAUGCAGUUAUAUAUCUUCAAAUGAUCAGCAGCUCAUACUAAUUAUAUGUAGUAAAUCACACCAGAGCACACUCCAUAAAGCUUCAUCAUGUAUUAAUAGAGGCUGGAAAUACAGUCAGUCACUGGAUCCAUCUGUGGACUCUGUUCUUAACAAGUACUCACAUUUCUUACCUCUGUCAUCCUGACAUCUCCUCAGCACUGUUUGAAGCUCAGGGAAGAGGAACCGAACAAUAAGCACUGUACUGUACUGGACUCCUUAGCAAGAAGUAAACUUGACCACAGAGCUGAAAUACUAUGCGGUUUCUUUUGUGUCUUUCCUGUGUUUUGUCUCUGCAAUUUGUUACAUAAAUAAGACUCCUUAUAUAAAAGGACUGGCUACUCUUGUUUUCUCCUUGUGACACUGAACUGCUGUGUUGUGUACAACAUUACUUGUUUGAGAAUGAAGUAAUUCAUGUAACACUGACCGCAGCAGUUGCAUUUCUGAGCUAGUGGCAUUAUUUUUUGUUCCAUUUGAGAAAUGUUAAAGUCUGUCAGCCAUGGUACAGCUCUCAUUAUCAGGUAUUACACUCUUAUUGGCCUAUGGUGGCAUGCCUGUCUAUAUCCUGCUGUUCUGGUUAAAACUAGUGAAUGUAUUCGGUAUUUUAAAUUUUUUUUUAAAGCUGUAGUAAGAGGAUUGUCUUGCACUGUUCAGUCCAUGGUUUCAAAUACAUAAAAGGAUUUUCUGUGUAGAGUUGCACUGUAUAUAUAUGUUACAGAAAAAACUGCAAUAACCACCAAACGUUGGUCAUUGUCCAGACUUUGUCAUGUUUUUAUUUAUAAGUUAUAAAUAAAGAUUUCAAUACAAGAA